AUUAUCAAUGUCAAGACAUUAAAAUUUUUAAUAGAGCAAUUAAAAUGGUUUUAUGGCCAACAACAUUUAACAACCCUUGCCGUAAUAUAGUUUUUUACAAUAAUAGAGUAAAUCAACCUUCUUAUAGACAAAAUUUUAUCUAAUGUAGAGGUCAAACAUAAGAGAAAAAAACAUCCGAAUAGCCUGUUAAGUAAAUGAGUCAACCUCAAUCUAAUUUGACAGAGACUAAGCCAAGUCCAAUAAUAAAAAUAGCUGAAAAAUCAUAAAUAACUACACCUAAUAAUUUUGGAAAGAAAAAAAAUCAUCUAUAGUUAUAAAAAGUUGUAACAAGAAUGGAAAAAAAUAAUGAUGAUAGUACAUUUAAUAAGAUUGAUAAUCAUUAAAAAAUAAUCUAGAAAAUACAAUCCAAUAGAUAUUAUAUUGAUGAUAUAAUUACAGCAUUUUAGGAUGAAACAUUCAAUUUUUCAAAGUUAUUUCGGGAUAAUUUUGCAAAUUCCUUUAAUUUUAUACCCACUUUAAAAUAGGUGUAAUUUUAAUAAGUUGAAGAUAAGGAAAUAUAAGAAAAAAAAAUAAAAUUAGAACCUUACCCUUAAAAUUUAAAAUGUAUAGAAUUUUAAAGAUUAAUUUAGUUAAGAAGACAGUUAUUUUUGAUCUAGAUGAAACAUUGGUUCAUUGUAAUGAAGAAGAGACUAUGUCUUCUUAAAUUGUAUUACCUAUUACAUUUCCAACUGGAGAAAAAGUUAAUGCUGGUAUCAAUAUACGACCAUUUGCUUAGAAAAUGAUAAAAUUAUUAAGUGAUGUUUGUGAAGUGAUGAUUUUUACAGCUUCUCAUGAAUGUUAUGCUAAUGAAGUAUCAUUUUCUAUUAAAUUAGGUUAUCAAUUAUUUGGAUUCAGAAAAAAGAGUAAAAAGGAGAAUUUUUAGAGAUAGUUGUGUGACUGAUGAGAAUUCACAUUAUUAUAUUAAGAAUUUAGAAGUAAUUGAUCGAGAUUAGAAAGAUAUAGUAAUAGUGGAUAAUGCAUCAUAUAGUUUUGUGUAAUCUUUAAUUAAUUUUAGUCAUCAUCUAGAUAAUGGUAUACCUAUCAUAUCCUUUUAUGAUGAUAAAUUAGAUAAUUAAUUAAUUAAAUUAUAUAGGUUUUUAAUAAAUAAGGUCUUACCUUAAGAUGAUGUUAGACCGUUUUUAAAAGAAUAUUUCAAAUUAGAUUAAAUUGAUCAAUUCUAAACAAUAAUUGAAGCAGUUGAAAAGAUGUAUUGUAUCGAAUGA